AUGGUAGGCUGUGCAUCUGGUUCUUUGUUUUUUUUCCUUUUUUCUUUUUGCAUCUCUGUUUUUCGCCGAAUCAGCGACUAGCGAAAGGAUUUUUUCCGUGUACGGUGUUAGUUUGAUUAGUUUUUCAUUGGGAUUCUUCUGUUGGGAUGUUGUGCAGGUGCUCCCAAACGACAUCGACCUGCUCAACCCGCCGCCAGAGCUCGAGAAGCGUCGGCACAAGUUCAAGCGGCUCGUCCAGUCUCCCAACUCCUUCUUCAUGGUACGAUGAGGGGACUCAUGAUGUGUACUACGCUUAUAUUAUUUGCUUCCUUUCGGACAUUCCUACAGCGUCUAAUCUUUUCUUGCUCUUUCCAUGUACGCCUCCUACGAAAAAUCAAAGGACGUGAAGUGCCAGGGAUGCUUCAACAUGUGAGUUCUUCUUCUAUUGCUACUCGUUUUAGCAGUCGCGCAUAGAGAACCAAAUCCUGUGUUAUGGUUGAACACUGGAUCUAAUCCACUCAUCCCUAAUUGGUUGUGUGUUGGGAGACACUGUUCUUGAAUUCUCUUUCACUUUUACGGAAUAGAUCUUUCGAAUUCCGAUUUUGACAACUCUCUUCUUAGCAUUUCGUUCAUCACCGUGCUUUAUGGUAUUGCAGAACGACCGUUUUCAGUCACUCGCAGACAGUGGUGGUGUGCGGCGGCUGCCAGACCAUCCUCUGCCAGCCGACUGGAGGCAAAGCCAGACUCACCGAGGGUUGCUCCUUUAGGAAGAAGGGAGAUUAG